GUCGAUUAUACAUGGGACCAGGGAGAGGGGGAGGGGGGGUGUUCACUCAACCGCAACGUGUUAUUAUGAGUCGCUUCACGUCCACGACUAUAACGCAACGGAAUUGAGUCUAUCAUCAUGGUGGAGACUGUGCAGUUUGGUAAAGUUGAUUUUGCCGUGUUUGGAAUUAUGUUAUUCCUGUCGACCGCUAUUGGAAUAUACCAUGCCUUAACCGGAGGAAAGCAGCGAACAACGAAAGAAUUCCUCUUCGCUAACCGCGGGAUGAUGGCGAUUCCUGUCGCACUUUCUUUGAUCGCAUCCUUCAUGUCAGCUAUCACAAUUCUUGGUGUGCCUGCUGAAGUUUAUAACUAUGGCACACAGUACUGGCUUAUUAUUGCCUCCUAUGUGAUUCUCUUUCCUUCCGUAGCACUGGUUUUCGUUCCCGUGUUCCGCGCUGUAGAUAUUUCCAGUUCUUACGAGGUACGUAAGCUGAUCAUGUGUCGAAACGCUGAUCAUAUAUCUAUCACUCUGACGAAGGGCUAACGCUCGAAACGUCGGCUUUUUUUUUUUCUUACUGUGGCUAGUUUACGUUUUCAACACAGUUGUUAACACUAAAUUACCUGCAAAAAUUAAAAUAACCGAUUCAACGAUUUAACUCGUGUUGCUUUGUUAUAUCAAAUAGGAUAUUCUGAAGUCGCCUUUUUAAGUCAUUAUAUUCUUAUUUUUACUUUUUUUCUAGUAGUCUUUUGUUUGUAGAAAGUUUGAAAGUGUUUAACUUAUUUCCACUACUGGCUAGGCCAUUAAUAUUCCACGUGUUUUAUGAAUCACUUUUAACCCACAUGCUCUUUGGGUCAAAGUCCACCAAAGUCCACCAAAAAGUGAAAAACAGAAAAAACUCAUAGCCGGUUUUUUUGCUAUUCGCUUAAUGACUUAUCUUAAUUUGUACCAUAAAAAGAGAGUUUGUGCUUUUAUCCACAGUCACUGGAUAUUUAUAUAGUAGUAAUCUUGUUAAUUAAUAAAGAGUUAUGGUUAAUGUUUAAGGCAUAUGUCAGUAGUCUAGACUUCUUUUGAUGUUAUUUAUAAUAAAGUUCAGAUAUAACGCGUGCUGUCAUUGGUUGAAAGAGUGUGCUCUAUGAGAGUAUAGAGCAUAGAGCUGAGCUAAAGCUGUCAUGCCAUCUGCCAAACUGUACUAUGUUCGACCUUUUCCGGGACUUCCUUUUAGCUUUUUUCCGAUAAUUGAAAAUGAAAUUUCGGAACAAGCGAGCCGGCAAGUAGCAACAGAAGAACCAAAUAAAGGUUUGUAAACAUACCAGGUGCCAUAAUUUACGUUAUUAAAACGUGAGCAAAUAUGAAAAUCCUCAAAGGAAAAACAAAAUAGACAUUUGAGGUUUUAAAGAUUGAUUCACGCUCAGUUAGAUUGCAAGCUUACGUAUGGAAAUAAAAAUCAAACACAGCUAACACUCAUAUAGUAUAUAAAGUUCAGUGUUCAAAAACAAAACAGAACAAAACAGAAAUGAUGAAAAAUAUAACCAAACUGGCAUAACUGUUAAAAUUCAUUCUAAUCAUGACGGUGUCUGACCGAAUAUGAUCAUGCUGAAGUUCAUCGCAGCUCGCUCAUCAUGGCAAUCUCUGGUCAUCACAGCAAGCCUCAGAAACUACAUCGGCUGCCCUUCGAGUGAAGAAAUAAGAGCUUGUCUCGUGUUUCUCCCUACACUUCUUUCGUGCUCUAGUGGCUUCCUGCAUGCUUUAUAACAGAACAGAGCACAGCCAAGGCUUCUCUAUUUGUUAAUUAUAUAGAUUUACGUUAGUGACACAAAACAUUUUGCCAGAGUAUCAAACUACUUAGCUCCUGUUGGGUCAGGUUCAGACACCGUACUUCAGCUGCGCCAAAUUGAAUUUAACGAUGGGCUGACCUAAAUUAGUUCAUCCUGGUUGAAUUGAUUCAAAUGCCAGACUUAAUUCAGCCGAAAUUAAUUAAUCAAAGAAAAUUGAUAUUCAGUCAUUGGUGUAGCAUGCAAUUGUAAUCAUGGCAGAUGCCAUGGAUUCUGGCAGCAAUCUGCGAACAAGAGCCUUUCUUCUGCUCAAAAUGCUGGAAAACAAAAAAGAAGAAGAAGAAUGCAAACCGUCUUAGCCUAUUUUGCAGCCAGAAGAGGACCACUGAUAACCAUAUCAUGCAUUAUUGAGUGGUAGCGAUGUGUCUAUACAGCUGAAACAUGAACAACACUUGUCACUGUCAUCUAGUUUGGCCUGCCAAGCAGCCAUUUUUCUCCUGCAAAACACUACUUUGCACAUGCUCUUGAGUAAAAACAGCAUGAAAAAUAAUUUAUGCAUUUGUUUCAGCUCAGUUGAAAUACAGUGUCUGAAUCAAAGCCAGCCUACAGCCGCUCUUUUCUGGCCUAGGCAGGUGGGAUUAAUUGACUGAGCCAAUAUAAAUUAAAUCAGACGUUCUGAAUUGAUUCAGAGGCCAUGUUUUUUAUGAACUUAAUUCAUUGAAUUUGAUCUGCUUGGCUCAAGUAAGGUGUCUGAACUGGGCCGUAGUUUUUGAAAUAAAAAAAUUAAAUGUGACCAUAGCAUGCUCACAGCAUGUUAGAAUGGAAAAUGAUUUCACUGGCUUGUGAUCAGGGGCACAGGCUUUCUUCAAGUUUCAAUUAAAAACUUAUUGUCUAAACUGUCUGAUUUAGAUGUGUCUCCUUUUAUUCAUAAGAGAGUUACUUGGAUUUAUUUUCUAUGAUGCUGAUAUUGUUUAAGAAGUAAAUGAACAGAAUGGUUUAGAAAGGUGCUCCUUAAUGAAUAUACCCCUUAAACAACAACAACAAUAAUAAUAAUAAUAAUAAUAGGUCUAAUUGAAUACAUUAAAGUUCACAUGGCAACCAGGUGGACAAUCAGACAUGGUUUGAUGCUACUCUGGUUUACAGAGUUAAUGAUUUAAUUAUAUAUUAAUAAUUAUGUUACCUUUACUGUUACUAUUUGGCCAGUGAUAAAAUUUUACACCAAAAUUGUGUGAAGAUAUAUAAUGUAAAAGAUAAGAAUUAUUUUAAAGUAAUCUGAGACUUUUUAACUUCUUCAGUUACAUUCAUUAAAUCUGUAAACCAGAGUAGCAUCAAACCAUGUCAGAUUUAAUUGAAUUCGCUCAAUUUUUCUAGCAGUGGUAUUGCACAUGUACAAAAUAAGCUAGCUUUAGGUGAAGAGUUCCCAGCUUGAUUUGAAUUGGGGAAGGAAAAGGGAGAACCAAGGAAAAACCCUCAGAAUAAGGAAAAGAAACCACAAGAAACUCAAACCAUAACUGAUGCUAGUUUUGGGAUUAAAUCCAAGAAGCAUUUCUAGAAGAUGAGCAUUCCCUCUACUGCCAAAUCUCUGCUCCCCCUUAAACAGAGAAUAAAUGCUCCUAUUACCAGGAAAUUGAUAGAGAUGUUUGGAAACACGUCUUUUUGAGAGGAACUUUGGAAGUAAGCUGUACUAAUAUAAUUUAUUGUUGUCAAUAACUGAGUGGCAUACUAACAAGAAUUUUUUCUGUCUUAGUAUUUAGAAAAGAGAUUUUCUAAUGGAGUGCGUAUCAUUGGCAGUGUCUGUUUUAUAGUCCAAACGGUAAGAAGUCUACUUCCUCUUUCUGAAUUAAAUUUGGGUGUGUUUUUCAUCCAAAAUGAGUUAUCAGUUGUUUAUUUAUCAUGAAUAUACUUUUCCUUUUUUUAAAUUAUACAUUAAUAAUAAUGUUACCUUUACCAUUACUAUUUAGUCAGUGCUGUGUGAAGAUAUAUAAUGAAAAAGAUAAGAAUUAUUUUAAAGUAAUCUGAGACUUUUUUACUUUUAUUUUAUUUUUAUGUAGUCUCUUUACAUGGCUAUUGUGGUUUAUGGUCCGGCCAUAGCAUUAGAAGCAGGUAACUGAAUUAUAAAUUAUCAAGUGGUACUGAAAUUAGUAAAGAAUAUUCUAAGUCUGUUGCUAAAUGUUUUUUCAAUUGUUUUUUUUAACACAGUUACUGGAUUUCCAGUUUGGGCGUCCAUCAUAUCCAUUGGAAUUGUCUGUACUUUCUAUACCACUAUUGUAAGUGUGCUAUCACCAUUUCUGUUCCACUUUCCACUGGAUGGAGAUUUUCCAAUGAAUAGUGUUAUCCACACUUCGAAUGACUGAGACCUGGAACACAAGGUGCUAAUUUUAAAAUGAAUGUGUCUCCCUUGACCUGUGACACUGGUCAAGAGAAUUGGGAGUUGGGAUGGAGAAUAUAAUCAUACCUUAAUUAUAACCUCUCAGGAAAAAGUGUUCACCAUGUGUUGACAUGAGUGUCUUGUGGUUUUUCAGGGAGGUAUGAAGGCUGUUAUUUGGAAUGAUGUGUUCCAAGCCAUUGUUAUGCUUGGAGGUCUAGUUGCAAUACUGAUUGUUGGCACACACAAAGUUGGUGGGUUUGGAAAUGUGUUUGAUCGUCUUGAGAAGGGCCAACGACUCAAGUUUAUUGAGUAAGUCGAUAAAAAGUUCCAUGAAUUUACGUUAUGUCAUUUUGAGGUCUUCCCUUACCUGGAUAAUAACAAUUUAUAAUUGGAAAGGGGGCAAAAUGUUUUGGAGUUAGAAUUCUCAACAUUUUAUAUAUUACAUGUACAGCUAUUUUUUUUGUGUUUUUACAGUUUAAACCCAGAUCCUACUCAACGUCUGUCAAUUUGGAGUCUGAUCAUUGGUGGUGCUUUUGGUUUGUUUCCACUCUGGGCUGUCAACCAAACUGCUGUUCAGCGAUUUUUGGCAGCAAAAUCUAACAAAGAAGCAAAAUUGUGAGUGAAUUGAUUUUUCCAUUACUUGUCUUGCUUGGCAGUAAAAGGAAGAGUUACUCUCCUCUUCAGGUAGAAAUUGUCAAACAGGCAUGGGUAGUUGCACUUUCUUGUUUUCCAUUCUCAGAGUUUUGCCAUUCAUGUAAAGGACCUGUGUCAGGCAAAGGUAGACUUAGGUGAUGUUGUUGGGUUUUCUUUAAGAAAAGAGGAUUUUUGUAAAAGAGCAGGGAACUCAGGCUAUCAACAAUAUGGCAGAGAAUUCUGAAUAGAAGCAAGAAGUAUGCUGAUUAGGAUGAAAAAUAAGCUGGCUCAAAGAGUGAUUUGAUAACAAAUUCUAAUCCCAAUCUUUUGGAACUGCUUCACAAUGAGGCUGCCUAGCUUCACAUUUACAAGAUGGUGAAGACAAGAUAUGGAAACAGGACAUGGCAAAGAAGUCACUCAAAACAAGAUUUGAUGCAAAUUCCCUUACAAGUUGUAGUGGCAUCAAUGCGCAACACAUUAAAACCAUUUGUUACACUUAACCAAGUAAUUGCCAGCCAAAAUCCAGCCAGUGACUACCUCUUUCUUAGCUGUUAAACUUUGCCAGCAGUUAGCAGCUGGCAACAAUGCUUUUAAGAGGGAGAAUUGUGAAUUAUAGCUUGAGAAUUAUCCAUUCUCUGUUUGCUAAUACACACCCUUACAUUGUGUGUUGAAUUUCUGUAGAACUGAGUCUUUUCAAUCUUGUUCAUUCUGUAGGGCUGUUUGGAUUAACUUGCCUCUCAGUAUUUUAGCAGUUAGUCUAUGUGCCCUGUGUGGAUGUGUAAUUUAUGCAUUUUAUGCUGACUGUGAUCCCAUUUCAAAUGGACAGAUAAAGAAGGGUGACCAGGUAAAAGAAACAAAGUCUUUGAAUAAUUCAUCACUAACUUCAUUUAUAUAGUGGUUUAUAUGAUAAAAGUGUUGGAAUCAUUGUAAAUUUCCCUGUAAUUGAUUUGCCAAAGACAAAAUGUUCUUUCAUAUUUGCCAUUCCUCCUUUAAAAAAUGAUGCUCUAUUCCCAUCUACAUUGUAAAUGUUUUUAGACAAAGCAGUUGAACACGAAUCUUGGACAAAUUGAUUUUAAACUAGUUUCUUUUAAAUUAUAAAUUAUAAAUUAUGGGUAUUAUUAAAUUAUGAAUUAUGGUUACUACAAUUUUCAGGAAAAGAUAAAUACAAAUCAACCUAGUUUGAGAUUAUUUAUUCCAAAUUCUAUUAAAGUCAGAAAUAAAUGUUAGCAAACAGCAUAGUAUUUGCAUGCAGUGGACCUCUUACUCUGGUGGCAAUUUUAACCAGCAGCAUAGACAAUAUUUCCAGCCUUAGGCUAUCCAGCUUUUUAGAGUCCUUGCAUCCUCACUGCCAAUCUAUUAAAGUGUAUAAUAUUAUUUCAUAGAUCCUGCCAUAUUUUGUUAUGCAUGUUCUGGGAUCACUUUAUGGAGUUCCAGGUUUAUUCAUGGCUUGUCUAUUUAGUGGAACACUGAGGUAACUUUAAGCAAAUACUUGUUAUUUUGUAGGGUGAAUGUUGUAACAGUCAGUAAAAUUAUGCAUUAGAGUGGGGGAGUUUCCCAUAAAGUUGGUUGAUCCAACAACUGCAUCCAUAUAACUAUGCAGUACAUCAAAGAACUAUGACAAACAUAUUCAUGAGCGGGAUCUAGCAAGGCACCAUGUCCCUGCCUUUCAGUGGAAUUUUAACAUAUUAACUAAAUACUCAAAGGGUAGGGUUUUAUUAAAGAUUAGAAUAUGAAGAAAGCUUCCCUUCCCUUGCAUAAGGAUAACAUUAGUAAUUAAUCCAAGAAUGAGAUUGGUAGAGUGAUAGGUUUGAAGUGGGAUUGAAACCUUCUGAAUUUGUGAAGAAUGUGUAAAAUUUUUCAUUUACUAAUUUACCAAUCUGAUUCACCUUAAAAAUGUGUUCUUUAUUCUUGUUUGCUUUGUUUUAGCACUGUGUCUUCUGGUCUAAACUCGCUAGCAGCUGUAGUGUUGGAAGACUUCAUCCGACCUUGGACCAGAUAUAGACAGAAGGAGUUGAUGGAGACUCGUGCAACCUUAUACUCUAAACUUCUUGGUGAGUACAUUUGAAGUUACACUGUCCAUCUUAAUUAACUGCUGCAGACUAGCUAGGGUCUAAAGCAAAUGGACAGUGUAGUACUCCAUGAAAAUUGCUAUUUCCUCCACUUAGACAUCGAGAAUUCCAUUAUGCUCAAUCUGGGGUGGAUAGUUUUAUCACCAGUUCAAACAAAUCAGCUAAAUCUUAGACCUUUAGUCAAAGAGGGAAGUCAUGGUCAUCAUCUUUCUUCAUCAGAGGAGGAACAUUGGCAAGGAUUAAGUGGAGGUCUUAGAUUGUUGGUUCAACUUGUUGUUUCUGAACAGUUGGAAAGAAAGCAACAACAAAAACAUGUUUCAAUUUGUUCAUUCACAAUGGUUCACAUGUUGGUGCAAUGCACAAGAAAAGUUUAUCUAUGUUUCAAUGUGGCAUUCUCCAUAUUUUGUAACUUGUUGCAGUGUUGUAAAAAGUAGUUCAAAUGCUUGAGUAUAGAGGAACUCGGUACAGUGCAUUGAGUUUGACUCAUCACAUACAGCCCCACACUUUAAAGGUUCCUCAAGACAAAGUAUUUUUUUUUUUUUUUUCCAUGCAGCAUUUGCGUUUGGAGGUUUAACUAUCGGCUUGUCUUUCCUUGCUACCAAGCUUGGUGCCAUUUUGCAGGUUUGUCGCAAUUGUGAAUGAGAGUCAUGGUUAAAUUAACAAUAAGGAGGUGUUAUAGUGUAGUCUCUUUUACAAGACAACUGAUUCCUGUUGGUGGGAAGUUGUUAGAUAUACAGUUUUGUAUUUACUUUUCCUUUUGCCAGUAACCCAGUGACAGUCCCACAGUGACUCCUGACUUUUCAGUGACCUCUCACUCUGUCUCCACUGUAAUCCUAUGGGGACUCUCCAAUGACCCUUGGUGACACCCUAGUUACCCCACACAAACCUCACAGUGACCUCUCAAAGCCCCUAUGGUUACCCUGUUGUAACAUCACGAAGCCCCAAUAGUUACCCUGUUGUAACAUCACAAAGCCCCUAUGGUUACCCUGUUGUAACAUCACGAAGCCCCAAUAGUUACCCUGUUGUAACAUUACAAAGCCCCUAUGGUUACACUACUGUGACCUCAUAAAGCCCCUGUGGUUACCCUAGUGUGACCUCACAAAGCCCCUAUGGUUACCCUGUUGUAACCUCACAAAUUCGCUCCCCAAACUGAGGCUGAAAUUCAGAAUUCACUUUCUUAACUUAGAGGUAAAUGAUCAAUAAUUUAGCUCCCAAGACCUGUUUAUUAAUUCUCCUCUCAAGCGGCAACACACUUCCUUUUAAAUCAGUUACGAGAUUUUGGUGUUAAAUCAAUAAUGUACAUGACAAAAUUACGGGCUUCUGAUCGGCUGAAAACGUGUGCAUUCUCGUGUAACAAGAGAGCAAAGUUGUAACACGAGAGCACAUUUUCAAUAAGCACGUAAACACUUUCAAAAUUUCGUCUGUCUUCCCUUUCUGUCGUGUUUUUUCAGCUAUGAUUUCUCUCUUUCAAUUUGGUUUAAUAAGCACUACGGGUUCGUGCUCUUUUUUUGUCUUUAAAAAAUUUACUCUUACUUCUUAACACCAAAUUGCACUCGAAAUCACGUUAAUACCUAUACUUAAAGAGUUAACAUCAAAUUCCUUACACUCCUUUGUUGUAUUAUUUAGACAUUUUACAGCGUGUUUGGAGUUGUUGGUGGGCCUGUGGUAGGAGCAUUUUGUCUUGGAAUGUUCACUCGUCGAGCUCACUCCAGGGUACACAGCAUCCUUCCUAAAUAAUCUUUUGUUGGGCUUUAUCUAGCAUGUUAAGUAUACUUAUUAGCUCAGGGUGAAGUUUUACGCGCCCAGUGACGGCAACCUGCUGUAGCUUUUUCCGAUUUCUGUGACACGAAGUUGCGUAGAGUAUUACUACUCAUGUUAGAUUACUCGUUAGAACAGAACACAGUUACGUGGUCAUCUGAUGACUUAAGCAUGAACCCUGGACAUAAAGAUUAGUUUUUGAGUCUCCCUCAUGGAUACCAAUGUUCCCUUAUUUUAUCAGGGUGUGUACAUUGGAUUGUUACUGGGAUUUAUCGUGGGGCUGUGGAUCGGUAUCGGUGCUAAAUUAUACCCUCCGCCCGCCGCUAAAGCUCCCUUCUCCACAGAAAAGUGUGAAAUUAUGCCAACGAACAGCACAAUCAUGAUGAACUCAACCAGGUGAGUACAGGCGCAGGGUGGAGACUGGAACUGAGUUUGAGCCUGAUUUGACCAUUUGCAGGAUAAAACAGCGCGACACCAAAUUUUCAUAAGCUAUGCGUGCAAGUUUCCGUCAAAAUACUCCGCUUUUGUGACAAAAAAGAGGAGAACUGGAACGCAGUUUGAUUAGGCAUGAGUUAAUGACAUCAAGCGUUUUGAUUGUUGUUGUUGGAACGGGAGGGUUCUGAAACAUCACGGUGGUUCAUUGCGCAGAAUGCCUAUUGUUCUCGAGACAUUUACUUGCAGUAGCGAAAAAAUUUAUAGAUCCGUAAUAUUAACGGAAACGUAUUCUGGAGAGCUCUGAUCGGUCAAAGAUGACGCGCGCAUUCCUCCUCAGGGAAUAUUGCUUUAACUCAUUACCUUGUCAAAGUGGAGCUACGAAACAAUAGCUUAGAAAGUCAUUGUUUCUGUUAUUGGUAAAAAAAAAUCACACACUACGUGCGUGUGUUACAACCUGGAAUAGCGCUCGAGUUUGAAACCGUCCUGUUCUAUAUUCAUCUCUUUCUUCAGCGUAUUCAACAAAUGCUUUGGUUCUAUCAUUACCCGUUCAGGAUUUGAUUUUCAUCGGAAAAAAUCCACCUGCACAAUUUCUACAAUAGAGAGGACGUUAUGAGGCCUGUAAGUCACUCUGACACUUGUUUCUUCGAAAAGAAAUAAAAGUCACUCACUGUGCGAAGAGUGAACUUAUGCAGUGAUUAGUUCUAACUCCUAAAUCAUAGUUAUUAAAGUUGUUGUUUGUGUGGGAGGCCGAAGCUUCCCGAGUUGUAUGUGAUCAUCACCCUGUCGAAGUAUCCAAAAACAGCGACCCAUCGAAAUAUGUGAAUAGUUUGUUUCUCUUUUAUCAAGAGAUAAAGGGUUUACGAUAGUUUCCUCGUUGCUGAAUACAGAAAUACACUUGCUCGUGUACCCACGUCUAAUACGUAGAGUUUAACGUAAUUAGCCGUCACUGUGAAAUAAGGCUGUUUUCAGUUGACUGUUGAAAGUAAUCCGGGAUCACAUUGCUUUUACCUCACGUACUCUCUGAUGAAUCAAGAAAACUUGCGCCAAACUCUCGGUCAAUCAAAUGUGAAACUAAAACAAAUCUCUACCUAGUCCUUCCCGUUUUCCCGCGCUCGAGACCGUCUCGUAAUGAGUGUGAUUUCUCAUGGACUUCUUGUGUCAUUUAACAAGAGUCUGAUUAAAAGUUUUGAUUACUUUUGUCUCAUGACACUCGAAUUGAUUUUGCACCCUAUCUAAAAGUGCUGUAGUUUUCAUAUACUGUCGAAAGAUCCACAUGCGGUGAGCCAUUUCUAAUUAACCUUAAGAAAUGUCGCUUUGAAAGCAAGGAUGAGAUAAGGUACUGAAUAUAUACUUUGUUUUUCUCAAGUACACCGCCUCCAGUGAAGGAAUACGAAGGCCUGGCAUUUUACAGGCUCUCAUUUUUAUGGUACAGCGCUGUGUGCUUUGCAGUGACGUAUCUAACUGGACUGAUUGUCAGCGUCUUAUGGCCUGGUAAGUCGUGCUGAAAUGUACGUAUUUAUUACAAUGAUACAAAAUUCAAAGUAACCUGGCGAAGGUUCCAAGGUUUUUUUAGGUGUCAAGAUUAGGGACUUCAUUACUUUAAUCAAGUGUGGAGUUCUGUUACUCAGACAGGUUUGAUGACUGUUGUGCACGCAAGGGUUAAGGUUUUUUUAAACAAGUUCGAUCCGUUUGUGUAAGUAGAUUCGACCACGGUAGUCAGGUAUUUAUCGAUCAAAAGAGUUUGACUGGUUUCGUUCGUAAAUAGAGAGCUCUUACCUAACCCUCUAAGUCCUAAGAUCUGAUUGUUAAUUGCUGGACACAUCCAGUGCCAGUCUCGUCUUUCUUUGCUUAAACUAAAGAUUUGGAACUUUCUUUUUUUUCAGGUGAUCAUAGGAUCGGUGAUGUGGACUCUCGACUUCUGUUCAAAAUAGGUUACUGUUUACCAGAUCGCGCACUGAAUAACUCUCGUAAACUACAGGACGAGCAACAACAGUUAAACCAGGUGCGUGUAGAAGCAGACCCUAAUCCGAAAUUCUCUUUAAGUUUCUAUUCAUUUUUCUCAAAUGAUUGGUCUGAGAAUUUGAUAUUACAUCAAGCACACCUAUUAGAUGAUAAUGUUCUUAUCUCUCACCACCUAUCAUCUUUGAAAUGAAGUGAUUUCAACAUAAGGAAGAAGUUGUUGACCAGUAAGCUAAUCAAUGACUUAUUCGACGAUCAAGCUCAAAAUUUGUCAUCUUAAUCAAUUUAAAAAUGAGGGUUUUUCUUUGUUCCUUGCUCGUGACAAAUGUUGUCGAAAAAAAUUUGUGCCACAAAACUGACGUGGUAACGAGAAGGUAGAUAAUGUCCAUAUUUUUGUUCCAGGUUGAUAGCGAAACAGCAAGGGAGAAUGGAACGACGUCAAAAUCCGGGGGGGGCAUGGAAGACGUUGAGGAGGAUACAGAGGGUGCAUUACUUAUGACCACAAGGAUGUGAUGAAGUCAUAGUAUCAUAGAGGGUGACCUGGUGACUAAAGGGUUUAAAGAGAAAGAGCUCAGGUGUUGGGAAACGUACUGUCCGUGACAGCUCUCACAGGCAUGAGUCGCGUGACGUUUGGACAAAGGAAUUCGUUUUGUGACGCAUUUGGUCACGACGCUUUGAAAGGGCCUUGGAGUUCAUUUCUUUUAGAUAUGAAUUAGGGAAAAUGGAAUAAUUGAUUUAAGUCUUUGAUAUUUAUUUAAAGUGUUCGCUGUUCAGAAAAGCGACUUAAUGAUGUUAUAUGGUCUUUGUUGUAAAUUAAAUUUUUCAUACUUACACGGAUUUUACCUAAUUUGGGAAAAAAAGACCGCGCUUGGGUUAGAUCUCGAAUGACUGAGGUUAUUUUGCGAUCUGUAUGUGAAGAGCUGAGUCCAAACCGCGAAAAGUGGAGUAUUUGUUUGAUCGUAAAGGUGUAAUGCAUGUUAUUGCGGUUUUCUAUGCAUGUGUCAAAACUAAGUGUAUUUUUUUAUAACUCUCUAAUAUUCUGAUGUUGUCGAAAUGCCCUCGUGAAAGUUUAUUACUAGGUUAAUUUAUACCGAGAGUUAUUUUGGAUUGUGGUAAUAAAGACCUUUUUUAUGAGC